AAAAAAAAGAAAAAAAAAAAGAAAAGGUCUCUUUUUUUUUCGAAAUAUGGGAAUGUUGGAUAUUAGUCGCGUGGGGCUGGGUCCAGUUCGAUUUUGUUGCAAAUUCAAGAUGGCGCUGUUGUUUCAAUCGACUGCCAAGUUAAGGACUGCUGUACAGCUAAUAAAUAACAUAGAUACAUCGCGUUUCCCGUUACUACUCACAAGAAUCGUGCAGAAACUUCAUUUAAGGGAUGAAAAUGCAUUCACAGCAGAAGAAGAGGAAAAACUCCAAGUUGCCUUUGCACUAGAUAAGGAUGACCUACACAUUGUGUUAGAGACAUGUGCAUUUGUGUUUGAACAGGCUGCAUACCAUAACGCAAAACCACAAGGCUUACAGCAACAGCUACAGAAUCUUAACUUGGAAGAUGACAAGGUGAAUUCUAUUGUGGAGGUCUGGGUGGCCAGUGGCAAGUCACUUAUUGAUAAACUUCGUAAGAGAAGCUUAGCUCCUGUACAGCUUGACUGUGUGAACUGGCGGCUCAACCUGCAGAUGGCUCAAGCAAACAUGUCAAAGAUGAAGCUGCCCAAUGCUGUCUUUGAAUUAGGCAUCUCCACUUCUGGGAAGGAGCAGGAAAACAUCCAUAUUGAAUUCACACACGAUGAGCUCUUUGCCUUUUAUAACCAAUUGGAAUCUAUUCAAAGUCAACUAGAUUCCCUCAGAUGAUUAAUGGCCAAGUGUUUUACUAGCAGAUUAAUAGAAAGAAACAAUUAUGUUUAGACAGGGUACACAGGCCGACAACUAUUCUCUCCUUUCUCCUGUGCUUAUCAUCUAGUGUUGACUCCAUCCACGGGGGCAAGAAUGCAGGGCAAGAAGACAAGAGAGCCAUAAAAGCGAGGGGCAGAAAAAAAAAAUAAGAAGAGGGCAAGAACAUAUAAGGCUGUGACUUUCCUCGCAUUUUUAUGCUAUGUCUCUACAAACGAGCUGAAAAAUAACUUGGCGGUCUGUGAACAUGAAUGGUGGAAUUGGGGAAUCAAAACAAGGUUUAAAAUGGUG